GUUGCUUCUUGCUUUGGACCUCAGGCCUCACCUCGCCUCUACUUGGACCCCAACUGCUCCUGCUCCGCUAGUGGCUCCUGCAGCUGCGCAGGCUCCUGCACGUGCAAAGCCUGCAGAUGCACCUCCUGCAAGAAGAGCUGCUGCUCCUGCUGCCCCACGGGCUGUGCCAAGUGUGCCCAGGCCUGCAUCUGCAAAGGAGCCUCGGACAAGUGCAGCUGCUGUGCCUGAUGUCGGGGAGACCCUGUCCCAGAAAUCAAUAGAGCAACAUAGACAAACCUGCAUUUCAAUAUUUUCCAUACAAGCUGACCUCAUGCUACAUUCCUUUUUCUAUGAAAUGUGUGAGUUAUAAUAAAAGUUGUCAUUUUCAUUCUG